UUCUCAACCAUUUCAGAAACGUAUUCGCAUCCCUCCAACGACAGCGCAAGCUCAUCCUUCACUAUGUUCACCCUGGAAAGGCCCAGAUUAGAUGAGCGACCUAGUAGCACCAUUCUUACCCCACGAUGCGCGUGAAUGCGAGCUCUCAAGCUUGCGCGGCUGCCCGUCCCCUUACCCGAUAGACAGCGACACCUGUACUUUAGGUCAUCUUUCAUUGACUUUCUGAAAAUACGCUCUGAACCCUACCCAAUCACUGCAGAAAAAAAAGAAAACGUAGAGAAACGAACUCGUUGCACACGCCUUUCUGCUGACUCGCACCCUCCACCCCGCGAACGACAAAAAAAAAAAAAAAAUUCGGCGCUGUGGCGUAAAUCAGGGCGUUGACAACGAUACAACAAAAGCGGGACAUGUCUAGCGAGGGUGCUCUCAUAACCGGCCAAUACGUCUCUCGCCGCCAUAGCUUGAAGCGGCGCCCAUGACUCAUGUGCGGAGCGCCCCGCUUCCACUCUCGUCGCAGCUAUGGGAGCUCGCGAGGUGCGCGUGACGUCACAGCGAUGACACAGUUGUUACGCCCUUGGCUGUGAGAGGAGCUUAUUAUUCCGUUGUUCGUCACCUUCCGCCGCGUCCAAGAUGGCCUCCGCAAGCGCGGAGAUGAAGUAACGGCCGAGGUUCUCGAUCGUCAAAAUAGAAGGAAAGCAACAAAAAGCGUGCAAAAGUUGCGAGGGCGGGCCGGCUUUUUUGGAAGCGACCCGCCGCGGGCCGGCUUCCCCGCCUUCUUUCGGCGCCGGUAAUGCUAUAUAUAAAACUGAAACCACCGCGCGCCUAGGGGCAAGCUGCACACUCUGGCCUGCCAAAGCUCUCGUUGGGUGAGCAAGUCCUCGAAAGAAAGCUAGAAAGAGUGAGAAAGAAAAAGAAAAAAAAGGAAAGAGAGGAUCGGCCAACGAGCCAAGACAUAUAUCUCCUCGCGACCGACCGCAGAACGUGCAGCCGCCCGCCACUACUCGAGACCUGCACGCAGUCGACUCCAGACGUCCGUGCCCUGCGGUAGACAUCAGUGCUCGUGCAAACACUCGGGUGAAGCUCCUCCAUUGCAGCCAAUAUGUCGAGCGCCACGACCCAGACUCGCACCGAGGUGAAGAAGGUCCACCGUGUGUUUGAGGGCUCCACCGCCGCCGACGUGCGGCGCCAGAUGGACGAGUUCGCCAAGGAGUUUCCGGACUGCAUGCGCUACCUUGAUGACAUGUUCCCCGAGCACAAGCUGCUCCCGUCCAGUGGUGGACCGCCAAGGCCUGAGCGCCAGGAGAGCAUCGUCAAAGAAGUCAAGGUUCUGCCCAGCGACGACAAGGACAAGAUCUCUGUCGAGCUCGACGUCGAGGGCUUCAAGGCGGACGACAUCUCGCUGAAGGCCGUGGGCCGCAAUAUGACCAUCCGCGCCUUCAACGAGAAGUCCGAGGGCGACACCACCGUCAGGCGCGAGCUCAAGCGGAACGUAGUGCUGCCCGAGGGCGUCGACGUCGAGAAGAUCGCCUGCAAGCUGACGCCCGAGAACAAGCUCAUCGUGCAGAUCCCGCUGCCCGUGGAGAAGAGCCAGGGUGUGGAGUACCUGAUCCCCGUGCGCUGCGACAUCGAGCGCAGCGUGAGCCGCGACAACUUCGGCGCCGGAGCCAAGGCCGUCGAUCGAUGAAGGCCCAGCAGCGUGGGACGUCGAUCGGACUUGUCUAGAGAACAUUCGUUCACUCUGCCUCGGUCUCCGUGGCCGCGGACAAGCUAACCCACUGCGAUAAUUCGGCCAUAAUUAGAGAAAAUGGAUGCUGAAAAAGCUUCGCGCCUAAUCUUUCCGGUUACAUAGUCACGAGCCCUAACUUUCUCGUCCCUACAAUCAAGUUAUGCUUGCGCUCUAGACAACCGGGAUCGACUGUGUACUAGGCUUGCCGCCGAACGGUGGAGAUCCGGAGUGGAAAGGCGGCGACAGAAGCUCGAGCUUCCGUCGUCGCCAUUGCGCUCAAUCAGCUCCUUUCUGUCGUUCUGUGGCGUAUUGCGUUCAUUAUUGUGGUUGCCAUGAAUCGUUUUUUUUACGUCGAUGUACACUCGCGCCUGUCAGCGAGCAAUGAAGUUGUUUAUUUACUGUUUGA